AUGGAAUAUAUUGGUUCUUUAGAUAACCCAUUAAGACUUAUUUACUUUUCGUGCAGAGGAACUUGCGAUGCAAUAAGAUUAUUAUUGGUAGAUCAAGAAAUACCAUAUGAAGGAAAAGACUUUUUACAGCCUGAAUUCCAGCAUGUUCUAGCUGAGUCUGGGAAUUUUCCAAUGCUUCCAUAUUUGUCAGAUUCAAAUAAUGAAGUAGAGCUAACAGGAUCAUUCACAAUACUAAGAUACCUCGCAGAUAAGUGUAAGUUGAUGGGUAAUAAUUCAGAGGAAAGAAAUAGGGUAGAGAAUUGGUUGGAAUUUCUUCAGUCAUUACUACAUUCAGUAUGGGAUUUUGAGAAUAUAUCAGAAAAUUAUACUGGAGUUCAGCAAACAAAGAAAAAAAGCAAAUUCUUGUUGGAUACUCUUCACCCUAUGCUUAAAUGCAUAGAUGACAAGAUUGAACAAGGAUUCUGGGCUCUGGAGUCCUAUUCGGUGGUAGAUAUCGUCCUGUAUUCUACAAUAAGUGUAGUAAUUAGAUCUUGGGGGAGUGAUUUGUUGAAACCUUAUAUUAGAAUUCUAUCGCAUAAGAAAAACAUGGAAAAAUUGAGAAAACAAAUAGAUUCGUUUAAGGAUGACCCUAGACGUUUUUAA